CUUUUGAUAUUUGCGUGCUUUACUAAGUCGGAAGGUACGACAAGCAGAUAGACAGAUUAGUUCAGGCGCAGACAGAAUAAGGUGAAAACGUCUAUCAUUCAAUUCCCCACAGUUAUAACAAAUUGGCGACGGGGUUUACUUUAAUUCAGUGCAGUUAUAACAAUUGGCGACGGGGUUUACCUUAAUUCAUUGCAGUUAUAACAAGCAAACGACGACAGUUUUUAUUCUGUUCAGCGCAACUAUAUAACAUAUAAGUUCAGGCGCAGACAGAGCAAGAUAUAACAAAUUGGCGAACGGGGUUUUACUUUAAUUCAUCGCAGUUAUAGCACGCAACGACGACAGUUUUUAUUCUGUUCAGCGCAACUAUAUAACAUUUUUGACUGUGUAAAUUACAACCCAAUUAUAAUGUCUAUCUCUCUGGACGAUCUUCCGGUGACUGCAGUUGAGGUUGCCAGACACACACUGCGUGAUCCAGUUUUACAGCAAGUAUCAAAGUUCAUCCGAUUUGGCUGGCCUCCACAUGUUCAUUCAAAUGUUUUAAAACAGUUUUACCAGCGACGCAAAUCCCUAUCCAUCGUUAAUGGAUGCAUAAUGUUUGCUGAUCGUGUUGUCGUUCCAGCUAAUCUUCGUGACCAUGUGCUUCGGCAGCUUCAUAUAUCACAUCCUGGUGUUGGGAGAAUGAAGGCGAUCGCUCGCAGUUAUGUUUACUGGCCCAACAUCGAUGACCAUAUCGAAGACCUCGUUCGCAAGUGUAGUAAAUGUGCUCAAGCAUCAAAGUGUCCACGCAAGACAGAACUAUGUUCCUGGCCACGACCGGACAAACCAUGGUCCCGUGUUCAUGUUGACUUCGCUGGACCGUUCAAUAGUAUGCAUUUCUUAAUAUGUGUCGACGCGUUUUCCAAAUGGCCAGAGAUAUUUCCUAUGCAUUCUGCCACAUCAAUUGCAACAGUGUCCCUCCUACGUCAACUAUUACUGAACGUUUCGUCGACACCUUUAAGCGUGCUUAUGCAAAAGCGAAGGGGGAGGGAACAACAGAAAACAUUUUGGAUAAAUUCUUGCUGCAUUAUCGUACGAAUGAAAAAGGACAGUUAUGUGGCAGACACACAGAUCACGCUCUAUCCAGUACCACGCAAAGGUCAACUCGACAAAGAAGAGCUCCGAAACCUUUUCAAAUAGAUCCAAAAAGCAAGUCCUACACUCUUUACGGGGGGAGGUGAUAGGAUCCCACAUAUUUUGGUAUUGACUGUUUAAACUUGCAUAGAUGGUAUGUUAUCAUUCUC